GAGGUGGCCCGGCUGCUGGGUUGGAAGCGGCGCAGUCCGACUCAUCCCGGCCCCGGGAUGGCGUCCCCACGGGAAUUGACACAGAACCCCCUGAAGAAGAUCUGGAUGCCAUACAGCAAUGGGCGGCCCGCUCUGCACGCUUGCCAGCGCGGUGGUGAGGCGGGGUCCUCUGGGAGGAGGUGGGAGGUGCACCGGGAUGGGUGGGUAGGGCGGCCUGGGCGGGGGUCUCGCAUGGAGAAGGGGCGGGAGACAGAUGGGGAACCGGGGACAGGUGAGGUUGCCGUGACUGGGGAGGCUGCUGGGGACAGGUGAGGCGGUCGUGACAGUGGUGGGCCAGAGACAGGUGUGGCAGAGCAGGGGGCGGGGACAGGUGUGUGGGGGCAUAUCGGCUUGGCGGUGGCUAGGUCUGGCCACCAUCACCUCGGGGAGGGCUCUAGCCCCCUUGCUUCCCUCUCCAAUCCCCAUCGCCCCCAGCCUGGGGAGGACCCUGUGGGCACCCCAGGCCCUUCCCUCUCUCCUGGCCAAGGAGUGUGGGCCGGGUUGUUGGACUGGAACUGAGCUGUGUGGCCCUAGGUGAAUUACUUGGCCUCUCUGAGCCCAGAACUUUCAAAGGUGGGCUAGUUUUCCAACAGGAGGAAGGGUGCCUCUUGGCCUUAAAGCUGAGCUUGGGCAGGAACUUCAGCAGAGAUGUGCUCAGGAUAGAGACAGAAAAGUAUGCCGUGUGGGCCUGUGUCUGUGUCCCGGGACAUUGUGCAUGACCAACUGCCCAACGCUCAUUGUCAUGGUGGGCCUGCCCGCCAGGGGCAAGACCUACAUCUCCAAGAAGCUGACUCGAUACCUGAACUGGAUUGGUGUGCCCACUCGGGAGUUCAAUGUUGGCCAGUAUCGCCGGGACGUGGUCAAGACCUACAAAUCUUUUGAAUUUUUUCUCCCCGACAAUGAAGAGGGCCUGAAAAUCAGGAAGCAGUGUGCCCUGGCAGCCCUCCGUGACGUCCGGCGGUUCCUUAGUGAGGAGGGGGGACAUGUGGCGGUUUUUGAUGCCACAAACACCACCCGAGAACGGAGAGCGACCAUCUUUAAUUUUGGAGAACAGAAUGGCUACAAGACCUUUUUUGUCGAGUCCAUCUGUGUGGAUCCUGAGGUCAUAGCUGCCAACAUCGUGCAAGUGAAACUGGGCAGCCCUGACUAUGUCAACCGCGACAGUGAUGAGGCUACGGAGGACUUCAUGAGGCGCAUUGAGUGCUAUGAGAACUCCUACGAGUCGCUAGAUGAGGACCUGGAUAGGGACCUGUCCUAUAUCAAGAUCAUGGAUGUGGGCCAGAGCUACGUGGUGAACCGUGUGGCUGACCACAUCCAGAGCCGCAUCGUAUAUUACCUCAUGAACAUCCACGUGACCCCCCGCUCCAUCUACCUCUGCCGGCACGGGGAGAGCGAGCUCAACCUCAAGGGCCGGAUUGGCGGGGACCCAGGACUGUCCCCUCGGGGCAGGGAGUUUGCCAAGAGUCUAGCCCAGUUCAUCAGUGACCAAAAUAUCAAGGAUCUGAAGGUCUGGACAAGCCAGAUGAAGAGGACAAUCCAGACGGCUGAGGCACUGGGUGUGCCCUAUGAACAGUGGAAGGUCCUCAACGAGAUCGAUGCGGGCGUCUGUGAGGAAAUGACCUACGAGGAAAUUCAGGAUAAUUAUCCACUGGAGUUCGCCCUGCGGGACCAGGACAAGUACCGGUACCGGUACCCUAAAGGGGAGUCCUACGAGGACCUGGUCCAGAGACUGGAGCCUGUCAUCAUGGAGCUGGAGAGGCAAGAGAAUGUGCUGGUCAUCUGCCACCAGGCUGUGAUGCGCUGCCUGCUGGCCUACUUCCUCGACAAGGCAGCAGAACAGCUGCCCUACCUCAAGUGUCCACUGCACACAGUCCUGAAGCUGACUCCUGUGGCAUAUGGUUGUAAAGUGGAGUCCAUAUUCCUGAACGUGGCCGCUGUGAACACGCACCGGGACAGGCCUCAGAACGUGGACAUCUCGAGACCUCCAGAGGAAGCCCUUGUCACGGUGCCUGCUCACCAGUGACCAUGUUCAUCCACUGUGACCACUAGGCAGGCACUGCUCUCUGCAGAGGGGGUCAUUCCAGGCCCUCCAGUGUGUGUGAUAGUCACCAUGCCAUGCAGGGAUAUUCUUGAAGCCACACAUGGCUGGCGGAACCCAGAACCCCCACCCCAGCCCACCUGGCUCUUUGUUGACAGUCGGCGACAAGGGUGUGCAUGGCUCCUGACCUGCUGCUAAGAGUCACUUGACCAGACUGCAUCUGCAUGGGCUGCGCGGAGGUUGCCCAGCCCCAGGUUCUUCCGGCGCAGCUCUUAGGUGUUCACUCUCGCCAGCUCAGUUGGCUUUGUGAAGUGUGAAACCCUACAAUGUGAAAGGAAAGUGCUUGCUGUGAUGUUCCUACUGUGGCCCAGCUGCCCAGCAUGGACCUGGUGACUCUCCACAGGGCCUCUACCAUCCUCUCUGUGGCCACUUCCUGAGCCAGAGGCCAGGUCUUCAUGGGGCCCUGAGCUGCUGCUGCCUCUGGUGAGAGGGAGAGCCCUUCCCAUCCUUACCCACCAGGAACUAGAGCCCCAACCACAGCAGAUGCUUCCUGGGCAGCCACUGGCCAGGCCGUUGUAUCCAUAUCACCCUUAGUUGUGGGCAUUCAUGAAAGCAAUGCGCUUGCUUCAGCACAUUGGGAUGCACAGAAACGUGUGGGCAGGGGGGCAGUUGUGGUCGCCCCUCCCCAGUUGUGCAUGUACCCGGCUACUUAGGUAUGCUUAGGGGAGCUGGCGGCCAGGGGUGCCCCUUCAGGCCUGCUCUCACAGUGAAACCACCUCAAGACAGGGCAGGAAGUUACCUUCCUGAUGCACACACCGAAGUGCUCGAGGGAGAGGCUGCCGCCCCCUCUCCCCUUCCCUGGCUGUGGACACUGGCAGCCAAUGGGGAGGCGGCCUCUCCCCUGUUGCUGCCCGUGUCCACACAGGAAUGUACACUGGUGGCAGAGACAUGCAUUUGCCAUAAAUAAUUCAGAAACA